AUGAGGCCGCUGUUUUACCGCUGCCACAACACCACGUCGGUGGAGAAGGGCAAUUCGGCGACGAUGGGCUGGGUGCUCUUCAGCACGGGCCUCGUGGGCAACCUGCUGGCGCUGGGGCUGCUGGCGCGCUCCGGUCUGGGGUCGUGCACGCCGCGCUCGCCGCGCCCGCCGCCCUCCGUCUUCUACGUGCUGGUGUUCGGCCUGACGAUCACAGACCUCCUGGGCAAGUGCCUCGUGAGCCCCUUCGUGCUGUCCGCCUAUGCGCAGAACCGGAGCCUGCGGGGGCUGCUGCCGGGAUCCGACAGCUCUCUGUGCCAAGCCUUCGCCUUCUUCAUGUCCUUCUUCGGGCUCGCCUCGACGCUCCAGCUGCUGGCCAUGGCCCUGGAGUGCUGGCUUUCCCUGGGGCACCCCUUCUUCUAUCGACGGCACCUCACCCCGCGCCGGGGCGCAAUGGUGGCGCCGGUGGUGGGCGCCUUCUGCCUCGCUUUCUGCGCGCUGCCCUUCCUGGGCUUCGGGAAGUUCGUGCAGUACUGCCCUGGCACCUGGUGCUUCUUCCAGAUGGUCCGCGAGGAGCGCUCGCUGCCCGUGCUGAGCUUCUCGGUGCUCUACGCCAGCCUCAUGCUGCUGCUGGUCCUCGCCAUCGUGCUGUGCAACCUGAGCGCCAUGCGCAACCUCUACGCCAUGCACCGGCGGCUGCGGCGACUCCUGCGCCCGGGCCCCAGGGAACGCGCCGAGCCGGGCGCGGGCGAGAGGGAGGCGACCCCGCUGCACCUGGAGGAGCUGGAUCACCUCCUGCUGCUAGCCCUCAUGACCGUGCUCUUCACCAUGUGCUCCCUGCCUUUAAUUUAUCGUGCUUACUAUGGAGCGUUUAAAGCUGUUCCUGAGCAAAAUGGAACCGCUGAAGAAAUUGAAGACCUCCGAGCCUUGCGCUUUCUCUCUGUGAUCUCAAUUGUGGACCCUUGGAUUUUCAUCAUUUUCAGAACAUCGGUGUUUCGAAUGUUUUUUCACAAGAUUUUCAUAAGGCCUCUCAUAUAUAGAAAUUGGCACAGCAAUUCUUGCCAAACUAACAUGGAAUCCAGUCUAUAACUAUGUUACCCUCUCUCAUAAACUCAAGAAUAUAUCACAUCUUCUGCAAAGAACCAUGAGCCACAAAAAAAUCUUAUAAUUUAUAUCCUUAAAAGGUAUGUUCCAUAACAAAAUAUCUAAAUGUAUUUUCAGAACUGUUUUGUUCAUUCUUCAUAAUGUGUUGUCCCUCUGUAUUCAUGAAUCAGUUCAGUGGAGUUUUUCAUUUUGAGCUAUAAUAGCAACUACACUUUCAUAUAUUGUAAACUGGUAGCUCAGUUGCUAAAGAAUCUGCCUGCAAAGCAGGACACCCAGGUUCAUUCUCUGGGUUGGGCACUGGGUU